AUGGAUCAUUAUGCCGAAUGCCUGAAAUCCUUAGGACAACCUGGUGCCACCAAUUCCAAAUCCAGGAGACGAAGAACUGCCUUCACCAGCGAACAACUUUUGGAAUUGGAACGAGAGUUUCAUGCCAAAAAAUAUUUGUCCCUUACCGAAAGAGGACAGAUCGCCACUGCUUUAAGAUUGAGCGAAGUACAGGUGAAGAUUUGGUUCCAAAAUCGUCGUGCCAAAUGGAAACGUGUCAAAGCCGGUUUGGGUGCUACAAAACAUCAUUUGGACAAUUCUGGAAGCCACAAUCGCCAACCUGUGGUUCUACAGCUGGUGGUAUCCAAGAAUCUACAAAUAGUGCAAAUACCGUCGUCCUAAAAUUGUGUGGUACCAAUUCCUGUACACGUCAACAGAUUUGCAGUGCGUUCAAGACAUCAGCAAAUGGAAAAAAGCCAGCAAGGUCUUCUUUUAACCAAACGAGAAUCCACUUUAGGUAUAAAUUAUUCAAGGACACCAUGUGACCCAAUACCAGGCAAACUAGGUCUUUUGAUACCGCCUCCAAGUUUAGGAGUUACCACGAAAUCUGAUAUGUUGACCGAGGAUUUGAGUUUGCGGAGACGAAAUUUGGUGAACGAAGGUAAUUUUUUGUUAAGACCUGCUGGCAGGAGGGAAGAUUUAACUGCCAGGAGGAAAAGUGAAAAUAGUGGGUUUAUGGCUAUUGAUAGAAGUAAGGCGGUUCAGGAUUGA